AAAUGAAAUGAAUCAGCCAGAGUCAGAGAAGGAUGGGGAGAGGCCUCCGAGGACUUCCCUUGCGUUACAGAGGGAGAGAACAGGGAAAUUGAGAUUGGGAGACUUAAGAAAUUAUUUUCAUCUUCCCAUUGAAGAGGCGGCUAAGAGAUUGAGAUUAUGUCCCACUGUAGUGAAGAAGAUAUGCCGCAGAUAUGGCUUACUCAGAUGGCCUCACAGAAAGAUCAAAAGCCUGGAGAGGCAGAUACAAAUUGCAACCCCGAGAAUAAACUCAAUUGAUCCAGCAGAGAGGGCAACUGCUGAAGCUGAAAUCCAGAGGCUUCGACAUGAAAUUGAUAUUGCUUGUACUGGAAGAAAAUCAUGAUACUAAGUUCUUCAUUUAUAUAACAGUUGUGUCAUGUGGGAUUUCGAUUUACUGUUUGUGUGAAUUUAAGUUGAAAUUACUAGGAAAUGUAAAUUGUAAUGAGACUUUGAUUCAGUUGCGAGAUGCCGGCUUA